CCCCCCUCCCCCUCCCCCUCUCCCUCUCACUGACGGGAGGGGGAAGAUGGAAGGGAAUAAGGACGAGGCGGGGAAGUGUCUGGAGAUCGCCCGCCGAGCGCUGCAGUGCGGGGACCAGGAGAAAGCGCUCAAGUUCCUCCACAAGUCGGAGAAGCUGUACCCCUCGGCCGAGGCCAAAGCAUUGAUAGAUGCCAUCACCAAAAAUGGCAGCACAGCUGGUAACAAUGAGCAUCACCAUGAAUCUGGAAAACCCUAUUGCAGAAAACCUGGAGGUGACGCAGCUGGAAAUGGGGGUAACACAGAGAAGGACACUCGUGGAGAUGUAGCAAAGAGUUACACAAAGGAGCAGCUUGAAGGAGUACAGAGGAUAAAAAGAUGUAAAGAUUACUAUGAGAUACUGGGACUCACAAAGGAUGCGACUGAUGAUGAUCUGAAGAAAGCAUAUAAACAAUUAGCACGGAAGUUUCAUCCUGAUAAGAAUCAUGCCCCUGGGGCAACUGAGGCCUUUAAAGCAAUUGGAAAUGCCUAUGGUGUUCUCAGUAACCCCGUGAAACGAAAAGAUUACGACCAAUAUGGUGAGAAGAUGUCAGCCUCUGGAGGGAAUGGAGGCUUUGAAUUCCACAGGAAUUAUGAAUCUGAUAUUACUCCAGAAGAUUUAUUUAACAUGUUCUUUGGAGGAGGAUUCCCUGCAGGCAAUACGCAUGCAUAUUCCAAUGGAAGAGCAAGAUUCACAUCUCAAGCCCCCUUCCAUAGAACUCAACAAGAAGAGGAGCGAGGUGAUGGAGGAUUUUCGAUGUUCAUUCAGUUGCUACCUAUAAUUAUCUUGAUCCUGGUAUCUGUUAUGAGCCAGUUACUUGUAACUAAUCCUCCAUACAGUCUGUACCAUAGAGCUGGUAUGGGUCACACGGUCAGGAAACAGACCAGCAACCUGAAUGUGGUUUAUUUCGUCAACAAAGACUUCGACAAAGAAUACACAGGUGUUUCGAUACAAAAAAUAGAAAAGAGUGUUGAAGAGGAUUACAUAGCCAACCUACGCAAUAACUGCUGGAAAGAAAGGCAGGAGAGGAACGACUUGUUUUAUGUGGCCAAAGUAUACAGAGACGAGAAACGUCGAAAGAAGGCGGAACUCAUGCGGUUGGAAAGUUGUGAUAAACUGGCAAGAUUAAAUGAACUAUAUCGAGGUGGCUGAGCCAGUGUCAUUUUAUGUUAACUUAAAAAUGUAAGCGUUUGUUGUACAGGAACAAUUUUGAAUUUUUUGUUAAAAGAUAAAAUCUUGAUAUCAGAGCCUUACUGUGGAAGUUCUCAGUUGUGACCCAGUUGGGCUGUUUACACAAAGGCAGUCUUCAGUGGCUGAUGUGUAGAUCCUGACCACUCAAAUCAUAUACAAUAAUAGUGCAUUCUAGAUUGGCUUUGUGUGUUUUUUAAAAAAAAAACUACAUAUGAAUUAAUCUGAUACAGUUAAUGUAACAUAGCAGCGUGGUUUAACUAGUAUUUAACUAUAGCGUUGCUAUUUAUUUCGGAAUUAAAAUAAACGGGUGGCAGGAAGGGACCAUUUAUCCUGCUGUCUCAGGUACUGUUGCAUCUGACCCCUGAAGGUGAUCAUGACCUACUCUGGAGACCACAGCACUGUUUCGAAUACAGCGCUGCCUAUUAAGGGCAUUAUUGAUCACCUUUCCUGCAGUACUAUAUCUUGGUAUAGUGGGUCAUACAAACUGAGUGAUCUCAAGCCCCAGCUGUUUAGACUGAAUUGGAAUAAUUGUGAAAACAGCCCCAUUAAUGUCUCUCUUACUUGAAGUUUUAUACAUUGGGAUUUUAGUAGUUACAACAAAAUAGUUUUCAAUAUGAAUACAGUACUUGCAUAACAAUGAUGCUCUGUAUUUAAUGCAUUCCUUACACAUUAAGUCCUCAAAUUUUAGAUAUAUUCACCUUCAGAUUUUUCAAUUGUACGUCUAAAGAAUUGUUUUCGUAAGAUUGAUUCAAUAAGAAUUUUUGUCACUUUCUCUCUCUUUCCUAUCAAAGUGAGAACAGUAGAGUGGUAUAUUGACAUAUUCCUUAUAUUAAGGAUUAAGGAUUAUGUAGAAAUUCCUGGGAUUAAUCACUGUUGCACGUACACCAGUACAAAAACAAAUCUUUGUGUGAAUAUUGUAUAGUUAUUGCUGACGUUCUGUAGUUCUCAAGAACUACUUUAGUUUUGCACUGAGUCUUGUUGAAUUAAUGCCACUGUACAUAUGAUUAGAAAAAAUCCCAUGUGGAACUAUAAUUAAUCCCAGUACUGGAAUUUUUCAGAGAUACUGGGAAAGACCAAGCAUAGAAAAACUCUUUGAAAGACCUGUCAUCUAAUAUGACUAGUAUGUCGGGUAUCGGGCUGAUUCAUGUGAUGUUAAUUUAAACUCCUGGGAUUAAUUACUUAAGAUAUACUUUAAGAUAUUUAAAUAUCUUCCAUUUACAUAAUAUAGAGAUUUUGCAUUUGAAAAUAUUCAAAUAACACAGCCACAGACUCAGCAGAGCAAUAUUACACAACUUGAACUGAUAACCAAAUCAAUUUGUUACAAUUUGUGAAUACAUCCAAAAAUUGACUCUUCUUAACUCUGCUGUUAAUUCUUGUACUUCCUACUGUCAAUGUGAAAUCAAUGCUGAGUUCCCAUUGUAGAUCUGAAUUGCUGAUUGUAAUAUAUAUUUAAUGUAUCCUCCUCUCAACAUAUCAAAUAAAGCUAUUUUAAGUGUG